AUGCAAUUCGAAAAUGUGCCCUGUGCUUACGAAACGCUGAAACCGGUUCCAGCAGUUGCCUUGCGUGUUCCUCCGAGUGCUGCACCGGUCUCGGGAUCGUCGGCCUUCUCCGGGAAGACUGAUGGCGAUGAUGUGGUGGAACUUCUUUUGGAAGAAGGUCUGGUGUGUGUGGAACCAAUGUCACCUCAGCUUAUCAAGCAGUUGCAUCGCACCAAUGUACGAAACUAUUUGCAAGCACAGGCUAACGCAAAGAAGGAACGGAAAAAUAUUUGGUGCUACGGCGACUUCCGCAUCGACGACACACAGCAGUAA